UGUUCUCUCUCUCUCUCUCUCUCUCUCUCUCUCUCGCACUCUCUCUCGCAGUCUGACUCCACUGAGGAAUCAGGAGUAAGAGAAACUCGUCUCAAGUGCUCAAAUAGCUGCAAGAUUUGCGCACUUCGCAUUAUAAAUAAGGUUACUCUGGGGAUGUAGCUAUGUAUCAUGACCCAGCAGCUCUUUGGCUUGUCUGUUUCUUGUCAGAAGGUCUGAUGUCCAGACUCUGUGCUCUUCCAUGUCUGGUCCAGUGGAACUCUUCUUGACCAUUAGAUGGACUACAAACAGUUCCAGCAGUUACUGCGACCGCACCUCACAACUCCCUUACCUUGACCCUUGACCCCUUAGCUUUAAACCCUCACCCCUGACCCAUACUCUUAACCUCUAGCCCCUCACUCCUCCUAAUCCUUAACCUUACUCCCCCUCUCCCUCCCUCCCUCCCUCCCUCCCUCCCUUCUUUCCUCUCAUCUCUUGUCCUCUCCUCCCCUCUCCACCAUGUUAUCCCGUAUCACCACAGUCCUCUUAGCUGUUUUGUGUCGAUGUGUGCUGGUGUCUCUCGGGGUGGACCCCCCUCAACCCCGUCGGGAGAUCCGGAUCGAGGGUGACCUGGUUCUGGGGGGGCUGUUCCCAGUCCAUGAGAAGGGGGGAGGGAUAGAGGAGUGUGGGAGGGUGAACGAGGACAGGGGGAUCCAGAGGUUGGAGGCCAUGCUGUUUGCUAUAGACAGGAUCAACUCUGAUCCUACUCUACUGCCUGGAGUCAGUCUGGGAGUUCACAUACUGGACACCUGUUCUAGAGAUACAUACGCACUGGAACAGGCGCUGGAGUUUGUACGUGCGUCUCUGACCAAGGUGGACGAUACAGAGUUCAUCUGUCCUGAUGGAUCCUACGCGCUACAGGACGACAGUCCCCUGGCAAUCGCUGGAGUUAUAGGAGGAUCCUAUAGCAGCGUGUCUAUACAGGUGGCCAACCUGCUCCGCCUCUUCCAGAUCCCUCAGAUCAGCUAUGCCUCCACCAGUGCCAAGCUCAGUGACAAGACGCGCUAUGACUACUUUGCCCGCACGGUGCCCCCUGACUUCUACCAGGCCAAAGCCAUGGCAGAGAUCCUACGGCUGUUCAACUGGACCUACGUGUCCACAGUGGCAUCAGAGGGAGACUACGGAGAGACGGGCAUAGAGGCUUUCGAACAGGAAGCACGUAUGAGGAACAUCUGCAUCGCUACCUCUGAGAAGGUGGGGCGCUCUAACGCUAAGAAGUCAUAUGAGGCAGUGAUCAGGCAGCUCCUCCAGAAGCCCAACGCCCGCGUGGCAGUUCUCUUCCUGAGGAGUGAUGACGCUCGAGAACUCCUCUCUGCCGCCGCACGACUCAACACCACCUUCAUCUGGGUGGCCAGUGAUGGCUGGGGGGCACAGGAAAGCAUUGUCAAGGGCAACGAGGCCACGGCCGACGGGGCCAUUACCCUGGAACUGGCGGCCAAUCCCGUGCCUGCUUUCAACAGCUACUUCCUGUCUCUGCAUCCAAUCAACAAUCGCCGCAACCCCUGGUACCGGGAAUUCUGGGAGCAGAAGUUCCAGUGCUCACUUGGCGGAGGAGGAGGUGGGGCAGGAGGAGUAGGGUCAGGGGGGAUGGUGUCUCUCUCCCUCCCUCCCUGUGAGAAGGGUGUGUCGGUGGAUAGUAGUAACUUUGAGCCGGAGUCCAAAAUCAUGUUUGUGGUGAAUGCGGUAUACGCCAUGGCCCACGCCCUCCAUAAGAUGCAGAGAACAUUGUGUUCCAACACAACCAAGCUCUGUGACAGCAUGAAGGCUCUGGAUGGACGCAAACUCUACAGAGACUACCUCCUCAACAUCAGCUUCACAGCUCCCUUCUCUCCUCUCGGCAGUGAGACUGUGGUGAAGUUUGAUCCCUAUGGCGACGGGAUGGGACGGUACAACAUCUUCAGUUACCAGCGCAACGCUGAUCGCUAUGGCUACGUGCCCAUCGGCGAGUGGGCGGAGACUCUGAGCCUGAGCAGUGACCUGAUUCGCUGGCCAAGGGAGGUGGUGCCCCCAUCCCAGUGCAGUGACCCAUGUGCCCGCAAUGAGAUGAAGAAGAUGCAGGCUGGAGAGUACUGUUGUUGGAUCUGUACUGCAUGUGAGGCUCAUGAGUACCUAGCUGAUGAGUUCACCUGUUCGCCCUGCGCCCCCGGCCAGUGGCCCAGUGAAGACCUCACUUUCUGCUAUGACCUGCCCGAGGACUACAUCAUGUGGGAGGACGCCUGGGCCAUCGGACCCAUCAGCAUCGCCAUUGUCGGGUUCCUCUGUACAUCUCUGGUGUUCUGGGUGUUUGUGAGACACAACAACACGCCCCUGGUGAAGGCGUCAGGCAGAGAGUUGUGUUACAUCCUGCUGCUGGGUGUCUUCAUGUCCUACUCCCUCACCUUCCUCUUCCUUGCCAAGCCCUCUCCUACUAUCUGCGCCAUGCGACGCCUCGGCCUAAGCACCUCAUUCGCUGUCUGCUACUCAGCCCUGCUCACUAAGACCAAUCGGAUCGCCCGGAUCUUCAGCGGGGUAAAGGACGGGGGCGGGACCACAAGGCCUCGCUUCAUAAGCCCCACCUCUCAGGUGUUUAUCUGUCUCAGUCUGAUAUCGGUCCAGUUAGUGAUGGUGUCUGUGUGGUUGCUGCUGGAGGUUCCUGGUACCAGGAGGUUUACGUUACCGGAGCGACGGCAGACAGUGAUCCUGAAGUGUAACGUCCGUGACUCCAGCAUGCUGCUGUCACUAGUAUAUGACGUGCUCCUGGUCAUCCUGUGUACCGUGUACGCCUUCAAGACCAGGAAGUGUCCAGAGAACUUCAAUGAGGCUAAGUUCAUAGGAUUUACCAUGUACACAACCUGUAUCAUCUGGCUAGCCUUCCUGCCCAUAUUCUACGUCACAUCCAGUGACUACAGGGUCCAGACCACCACCAUGUGUAUCUCUGUCAGUCUCAGUGGUUUCGUGGUGUUGGGCUGUAUGUUCGCUCCCAAGGUCCACAUCAUCAUGUUCCAACCACAGAAGAACGUCACCAGUCUCCGCCUCAAUAUCAACCGCUUCAGUGUCAGUGGUCCUGCCACCACAUGCGCUUCACACGUGAGUGCCCAGUAUGUACCGACUGUGUGUAAUGGGAGAGAAAUUGUUGACUCCACCACUUCCUCUCUGUGACCCCACCCACUCACCUCUCUAUCCCCACCCCCCAGAGACUUCGUCAAUAGGCACACAUUGUGCCCCCCUGUCCCCUCUCCCACCACGUG